AUGCCUGGUGACAUUCGCAGCUUCUUCGGCGGAGGUGGUGGUGUCAAACCUCCAACUCCGGUCCAGAGCCAGGAAUCGAACCCAAAAAAGGCUGCUACCAAAGGCAGAUCUCGUAAAGUGGUUUCGGACGAUGAAGAUGAUGUCGAAGAAGUCAAGCCAAAGAAGGCUACACCUCAAAAACGAAAACCAACGAAGGACGUCGUCAAAGAAGAGGAGACUACUAGCUCAGCUUACUUCGCAAGCAACAAAUCUACCAAUGGCAAAUCUGCUACCAACGGCUCUGCUGUGACUCCGAAGAAGUCUAAUAUUAAUGGCUCUGCACCGAAUAGCGCCCGACGCUCAGCCAGAGGUUCAGCAAAAAAACCAACAUAUGCUGAGCACAGCGACGACGAUGAUGUGAAGGUGAAGCUCGACGACAGUAAGGAUGGCGGCGAUGAUGACAUACAAGCAGACGAAUUCAAGACAGGACGGAAAGCUGAUGACUAUGAAGAGAGCGAAGACAGUGACGAUGCACCAUUACAACCUCGAAAGAAGGCUGUUGGUAGGAAAGCCGCCCCUGCUGAUGAUAGUGAUUUGGAAAUGGCCGAAAUUCCCACCACGAAUACUGCUAGUGCUUCGAAGUCGAAGGCGAAAGCAACCACAUCUCGCAAACGGAAAGUUGAAGACGAUGAGGAUGACGAAGAUGAGACGCCCAAGAAAAAGACCAAGAAGAGUACCACAACUACCAGAAAACCAAGAGAGAAGAAAGCGCCGGAGCCUGAUAACUCGGAAGCUGCGAAGAUUCUGGAGUCUAUUAGCACGGUUCGAGCUCCUACUCCUCCUCCCAGAGACGAAUCUAGGAAAUUCGACUUUAACAUAGCUGGAGGUCACGCAAGUACAGUUCCCGUCAAUGCAGGUACCAAAGAGCUCCCUGAAGGUCAACCGGAUUGCUUGGCUGGAUUGACGUUUGUCUUCACAGGAGUACUUGACACGCUUGGCCGAGAAGAAGGGCAGAACUUGGUCAAGAAAUACGCCGGCAAAAUCACAGGUGCUCCCAGCUCGAAAACAUCAUACGUUGUUCUUGGUACCGAAGCUGGCCCGAAGAAACUAGAGACUAUCAGAAGACUCGGCAUCAAGACGAUUAACGAAGAUGGCCUCUUUGAGAUGAUUCGCAAGAUGCCAGCUGGUGGGGGCGACGGCAAGGCCGCGGCUGCACAUGCCCAAAAACAAGCAAAGGCGGAGUCGAAAUUACAGGAAGAUGCUCAAGAGAUGGAAAAAGCUGAAAAGAAGAAGCAACGAGAGGCCGAGAAAGCGGCCAAGGCUGCUGCUGAUGCCCGAGGUAUCGACGUUGCACGACCGAAAGUCCCUAGAGUGGAAGAUCGAUUGUGGGUAGACAAAUAUGCGCCAGAUACCAUGCAGGCUGUCUGUGGUAACAAAAGUCUUGUGGAGAAAUUACAGAAUUGGUUACGUUCCUGGCCCAAGAGGCAAGCAGAGGGCUUCAAGAAGGCUGGAGCUGAUGGUUCGGGCAUCUAUCGUGCUGCUAUGUUGCAUGGGCCCCCAGGUAUUGGCAAAACAACGGCAGCUCAUUUGGUUGCGAAACUGGAAGGUUACGACGUUGUCGAGAACAAUGCCAGUGAUACACGCAGCAAAAAGUUGGUCGAGGUGGGCCUCAAAGGUGUCCUAGACACUACUUCACUGCUCGGAUACUUCGCAGGCGAUGGCAAAAAGGUUGACCCAACGAAGAGAAAGCUUCUCCUCAUCAUGGACGAGGUCGACGGCAUGUCAGCUGGUGACAGAGGAGGUGUUGGUGCGAUGGCUGCUGUCGCUAAAAAGACCAAUAUUCCCAUGAUUCUCAUUUGCAACGACCGAAGGCUGCCGAAGAUGAAGCCGUUUGACUUCUGUACAGCCGAUUUUGCUUUCCGCAGACCAACUACUGACAUGAUAAGAUCACGUAUUUUGACGAUCUGCUUUCGAGAAGGCUUGAAGCUGCCAAAAGAGGUUAUCGAUGCUAUCAUUGAGGGCAGCCAUGCCGACAUACGACAAAUCAUAAACAUGAUAUCUACUAUCAAGCUGGACAACAGAGACAUGCUCUUUAAUGAUGGCAAAGCUAUGUCGAAAGCUUGGGAGAAACAUGUCAUCUUGAAGCCAUGGGAUAUCUGUAACAAAAUCUUGCGUGCUGAGAUGUUCUCCGGCGCCUCAAAAGCUACUCUGAACGACAAGAUUGAGCUAUACUUCAACGAUCACGAGUUCAGCUACCUAAUGCUUCAGGAGAAUUAUCUGAAAACAAAGAUGGCUCAAGUAUCUAACGCAUCUCCUGGACAGCACAAACUGAAAGAGUUAGAAUUGGCGGCCAAUGCUGCAGAAAGCAUUUCGGAUGGCGAUCUCAUUGAUCGUAUGAUUCAUGGCUCCCAGCAGCAAUGGUCGCUGAUGCCUACACAUGCAGUCUUCAGCUUUGUCCGACCAGCAAGCUAUAUCUACGGUAACUUCGGCCAGCAAGUCGGCUUCACAUCCUGGCUUGGCAACAACAGCAAGCAAGGCAAGCUCUCACGCUAUGUCAAGGAAAUACAGAGUCAUAUGCGUCUGCGAACUUCGGCCGAUCGCCACGAAAUUCGACAGCAGUACCUUCCACUAAUCUGGGACAAGACAGUAGGCCGUAUGAAAACUGAAGGUAAAGAAGCUGUACCCGAUGUGAUCAAGUUCAUGGACGAAUACUAUCUAAACAAAGAUGAUUAUGAUGCCGUGUUGGAGCUUGGUCUUGGUCCAAUGGAUCAGGAGAACGUCAAGCUCGAUACACAAACCAAGGCAACAUUUACCAGGAUGUACAAUGCUCAAGACCAUCCACGAUCUCACAUGAAGGCUGGAGAAACAACGGGUACGAAACUGGGAGGUGCGAAGAAAGACAAACCAGACCUUGAAGAAGCAGUCGAUGACGACGACGAAUUGGCAGAGGCAGAGGUUGAAGAAGUGGAUGAUGACGAAGAGCUGGAUCUGAAGAAGGACAAAUAUGUUAAGGAGAAAAAGAAGAAGGCUGCACCAAAAGCCAAAGCUACGGCCACAGCCAAAGGUAAAGGAAAAGCGAACAAGGCACAGAAUGAGUCCGAGGAUGACCAAAGUGAAGGAGACGAGCCGCAACCAAAACCCAAAGGCAAGGGAAGAGGCGGUGGUGCGGUUGGCAGAGGUCGAGGAGGCGGUCGAGGUCGUGGUCGAAGCUAG